AUGGAGGCUGAGAAAGGUCCUGUCGUGACUGACCCCCCGCCCUUCUCACCACCCGCCUCUCAUCGCUCCACUGCCCAAGCUCCCACCUCGAUCGAGUCAUUGGCGGUCGAGGCGGCGGCGCGCGCUACGCAGUCGCUGAAGCGGCAGCGCGAGGCCACGCCUACGUCGCCAAACUCCGACCUCGCCGCGCAAAUAGACCCUGCGCUGUCGCCAACCAAGUCAGCCAGGCUGCUCAACGUCUCGGUCAGGCGCUCGCCUGCGCCUUUGACUGGCGCUGCCGCUGCAGAGGACGAGAGGCGCAGGCACGACGAGCAGUUCAGGCUACAGGUGACCGGCGCCAGCGACAACCCUGCCUACCGUGCGCAGGUUGCGCUCAUGUCGGCCGAGUCUCUGGCGAUGAGCCGUCCCCAGGAUGCGCCCCUCAUCGACGACCACCAUGUCGAGCAGAACCACACCGAAGCGCACCAUGGUACCGAGCAUCAUGUCGAACAGACUUCGGAGAUGCAGCCAGAAGCUCAGAUGGAGCACCACAUUGAGCAACAAGUCGAACAACAACCCGAACAGUCAAUCGAGCAUCACGUAGAUCCGCAACUGGACGCGCAGACAGCGCCGCACGAGACACAGCAUGUUGCGGAAGUGCAGCACGUGGCAGACCCCUCGGAUUCACAUGCGACGGCGAUGGCGAUCACGGUGCCGACGACAGCGACUGGACCCGAGGUUGAGGAAAAGAGAGACAUCGCCGCGGACGGCACAGUCGGCUUGCCACCUGCAUCCGAUGCGUCUGUACCCAUUACCGAGAGUCCGGCCCCCAUGGAAAUUGAUGGUCGCAACGAUCGGCAGGGGUUUAUGCCGCAAACCUCGACUACAUCUGCAGAGGAGAAGGGCGGCAUGUCGAUGUCGUACCCCGGGCUUCUUCCGCCCGCCGAGUCGAUGCCAGCACCACCAGCGCGAGGCAUGACAAUGCCCCUCACUUCAAGCAAUAUCGCGGCGCCACGAUCGCCAAACUCGAAGAAGCAUAAAUGCCCAUACUGCGAAACCGAGUUCACGCGACAUCAUAAUCUUAAGAGCCAUCUGUUGACGCAUAGUCAAGAGAAGCCAUAUGUGUGUCAGACAUGUCAGAUGAGGUUUCGAAGACUUCACGACUUGAAGCGCCACAGCAAACUCCAUACUGGCGAGAAGCCUCAUAUAUGUCCAAAGUGCGAUCGCAAGUUUGCUCGGGGCGAUGCCCUCGCCCGUCACAGCAAGGGACCUGGGGGAUGCGUUGGUCGUCGCAGCAGCAUGGGCGGCAGCUUUUUGGAUGACGAUAUGGAGGGCACCAGCCAGCUCGAGGGCGAUUCCGUAAUGACAGAUGUCGUCUACGAUGGUGCCAAUGACGGCGGACUCUCGGAUGAGGAUCGCCAACGACUCAACAUUCAAAGUCUCAAACCAUCCCAUGCACAAGCCAGUGAUAAGGUCUCCGAGUCGCAUCACACGCCAUCGCAUACCUAUGCCUCUGGCCCAUCCGACAGCGUGCUCGAGGCCUUGAAGUCGAGUAUCUCAAACUUGGCCGCAAACGCGUCUGCAGAAUCGCAUAACGCAAUCGCAGAAAACUACUCGCCGCACCAGUCAUAUGGUCGCGACCCUACAGACCGGCACUCUUCACCAGGCUUCAGCGCUGCCGAUGCGGCACGUUACGCUGCUUCUGCGGCUGCGGGCGCCACUGCGAGCGUCGCAAAUGCCGUCGCAGCACACGGGCUGCCAAGUCAAACAGAUCUGUCUACCAACGGGCAGACUGGUGGGAGUGGCGACAGUUCGAGCAACAACUUAUUUGCGAACGAUCACGGCAUCUGGACAUAUAUUCACAGUCUAGAGGAGCAGGUACGGCAGUUUAGCGACCGCCUGCAAGCCAUGGAAUCUACGGAGCGAAGUCAGGAAGAACGAAUCGGCUACCUCACAGACGAGCUCGCGAAUCUACGUCACCAGAUCGAAGCGCGACCAGCGCUUGAAGUCGAGAAAGUUGACUAG